AGUAGAAUUGGAAACGAGUUUGUUUUAAUUUUUUGUGGAGUAAAGAAAGCAUACUGACUGAACUAAAUAGGUUACCAAACUCCCAGUCGUCUGAAAUAUGUCUAAACUACAGUUGUUUCAUGUGUUUUUAAAUGAGCGUUUAACGGAGGCUGCUGUGGAGAUUUUCUGGGCAGUUGAGAAAACUUUUGUGGAGUACCAGGAAGAGAAUGGUCGGCUACGGAGACUGCUGCGGAUCACACCGGAGAUAAAACUGUGUCGAAUAGGCUCCUUGCAGCGCUCUCUCUCUGUCUCUGAAGAGGUUUCCUGUAUGAAAAGUGAAUGUGAUCAGAAGGACCCACGUCAAGAAGCCAUACUAGCUGAAUGCCCAACUCUCAGUCCACUGAAAACGUCUAAACUACAGUCGUUGCAUGUGUUUUUAAAUGAGCGUUUAACUGCGGCUGCUGUGGAGAUUUUUGGUGCGGUUGAGAAAACGGUAGUGGAGUACCAGGAGGAGAAUGAUCGGCUACGGAGACUGCUGCGGAUCACACCGGAGAUAAAACUAUGUCGAAUAGACUCCAUGCAGCUCUCUGUCUCUGAAGAGGAGGUUCCCCCUGAGCAGCAGCACUGUGAGCAGGAGUGGAGCCCCAGUCUGGGGCAGGAGGACCCAGAGCUCAUACAGAUGAAAGAGGAACUCAGGACCAGUCAGGAGGAAGAGCAGCUUCAAGGGCUCUUUGAUACCAAAGACUUCAAAUUCAUUCCUUCAGGUGUGAAAAGUGAAUGGGAUCAGAAGGACCCACUUUGGUCCUUGACUCUUCCCCAAACUCAGACUGUGGAGAACAGAGAGAGUGACUCUAAACCAGUGGAUCUCAAACCUUUUGGCACUGUGACCCACCUAAAGGGUCUUGACAUUCCCUGUGACCCUCCAGAUAAUCAGAACAAUGCCUCCAGCCACAGCUCAGCCAUAAGCAGUGACCCAGUAGAACUUGACAGCAGCCCACCAUUGGAUCCCAGCCCACCAUUGGAUCCCAGCCCACCAUUGGAUCCCAACCCACCAUUGGAUCCCAACCCACCAUUGGAUCCCAGCCUACCAUUGGAUCCCAGCCCACCAUUGGAUCCCAGCCCACCAUUGGAUCCCAGCCCACCAUUGGAUCCCAGCCCACCAUUGGAUCCCAGCCCACCAUUGAAGAAACACUGUUCCAAACCCAGCACCACGUCUAGAAAAACUCACCGCUGCCAUAACUGUGGUGAUACGUUUGCUCUGAUAGCUGAUCUGCAGUGGCAUGUGACUCUUGCCAAGAACAGACCCAGCGAAUGCCGUUACAACUCCACCAAAACGUUACAUCUCCACCUGUAAACUGAAGGCCCAUGUCCGACUCUGCCACAGUGGGAAACCCUGCACCUGCCCUGUUUGUUGCAAGACCUUCAAAUACAAAUAAGUUCUGUCCAGGCACACAGGAGAGAAACCAUUUAGCUUUGGUGACUGUGGGAAAAGCUUCAGCGUUAAGGGGAACCUUACCAUGCAUAAACAGACUCACACAGGGGGGAAAAAAAACAUUUAGCUGUGGUGACUGUGGGAAAAGCUUCUAUCAGAAGGGGAACCUAACCGCUCACAAACUGAUUCACACAGGAGAGAAACAACAUGGCUGCUCAGUCUGUGGUAAAAGAUUCACUCAGAAGGCUCGUCUGCUGAAGCAUAUAGAUAAUAUCCACAAGGAAAGGAAACGGGUUGAAAACGGAUACAAUAAAGAGAAUUAGGACAACGAGAUCUUAUGUAAGAAGAUGGGAAUUAAAAGGCAGGAUGUCGACCUCAGUCUUUAGGAAAGAAACUUGACCAGAUAAACAGAUAUAUUGGCACUUUUCUUAAAUAAUUCUCUAUUUCUUCUAAAAUAAGUUCAAAUUGAAAGAAACUUUUGGUCUAAACACCUUAGUGGAUUUUCAACAUCCUAGUAGAACCAAUUUAAUAUUUCUAAAAUAAAGUUUACUAUUUUUUUUUUGACAAAAGGCAUGUUUCACUAUAACUAAGCCUACAACAUUUUUUUUUUUUUUUUUUACUCAUUAAACAGUGAAACUCACAGGUCGUCCUUCAUUAGAAACAGGAAGCCCUGAUGGUUUGUCUUGUAAUGUCUCUCAGGUGAUGAACAAAUGAUCUGACUGUUAUUGAUACAUUAAAACAUGUAUACUUUCUAGGAAAUAUCUCUUCC